CGCGCUCGGGGGGCGCGCGGCUGCGGCGGCGGCGGCGCAGCGCGUGAGGGGCCGCCUCGGGCCGAGCGGGCGCGGCGAGCGGCUGGGCGAGCGCAGCCAACAUGUCGGAUACCAAGGUAAAAGUUGCCGUCCGGGUCCGGCCCAUGAACCGACGAGAACUGGAACUGAACACCAAGUGCGUGGUGGAGAUGGAAGGCAAUCAGACGGUCCUGCACCCUCCUCCUUCGAACACCAAACAGGGAGAAAGGAAACCUCCCAAGGUAUUUGCCUUUGAUUAUUGCUUUUGGUCCAUGGAUGAAUCUAACACUACAAAAUAUGCUGGUCAAGAAGUGGUUUUCAAGUGCCUUGGGGAAGGAAUUCUUGAAAAAGCCUUUCAGGGGUAUAAUGCAUGUAUUUUUGCAUAUGGACAGACAGGUUCGGGAAAAUCCUUUUCCAUGAUGGGCCAUUCUGAGCAGCUGGGCCUUAUUCCAAGGCUCUGCUGUGCUUUAUUUAAGAGGAUCUCUUUGGAGCAAAAUGAGUCACAGACCUUUAAAGUUGAAGUGUCCUAUAUGGAAAUUUAUAAUGAGAAAGUUCGGGAUCUUUUAGACCCCAAAGGGAGUAGACAGUCUCUUAAAGUUCGAGAACAUAAAGUUUUGGGACCAUAUGUAGAUGGUUUAUCUCAACUAGCUGUCACUAGUUUUGAGGAUAUUGAGUCAUUGAUGUCUGAGGGAAAUAAAUCUCGAACAGUCGCGGCUACCAACAUGAAUGAAGAAAGCAGCCGCUCCCAUGCUGUGUUCAACAUCAUCAUCACGCAGACACUUUAUGACCUGCAGUCUGGGAACUCUGGGGAGAAAGUCAGUAAGGUCAGCUUGGUAGACCUGGCGGGUAGCGAGAGAGUAUCUAAAACAGGAGCUGCAGGAGAGCGACUGAAAGAAGGCAGCAACAUUAACAAAUCGCUUACAACCUUGGGGUUGGUUAUAUCAUCACUGGCUGACCAGGCAGCUGGCAAGGGUAAAAGCAAAUUUGUGCCUUAUCGAGAUUCAGUCCUCACUUGGCUGCUUAAGGACAAUUUGGGAGGAAAUAGCCAAACCUCUAUGAUAGCUACCAUCAGCCCAGCAGCAGACAACUAUGAAGAAACCCUUUCCACGUUAAGAUAUGCAGACCGAGCCAAAAGGAUUGUGAACCAUGCUGUUGUGAAUGAGGACCCCAACGCAAAAGUGAUCCGAGAACUGCGGGAGGAAGUUGAGAAACUGAGAGAGCAGCUCUCUCAAGCAGAGGCCAUGAAGGCCCCUGAACUAAAGGAGAAGCUUGAAGAGUCUGAAAAGCUGAUAAAAGAACUAACAGUGACUUGGGAAGAGAAGCUGAGGAAAACAGAAGAGAUCGCACAGGAAAGACAACGACAACUUGAAAGCAUGGGGAUUUCCCUGGAGAUGUCUGGUAUCAAGGUGGGGGAUGACAAAUGCUACUUAGUCAACCUGAAUGCAGACCCUGCACUUAACGAACUUCUGGUUUAUUAUUUAAAGGAUCAUACCAGGGUGGGUGCAGAUACCUCGCAGGAUAUCCAGCUUUUUGGCAUAGGGAUUCAGCCUGAGCACUGUGAGAUUGACAUUGCAUCUGAUGGAGACGUCACUCUUACUCCAAAAGAAAAUGCAAGGUCCUGUGUGAACGGCGCCCUUGUGUGUAGUACCACCCAGCUGUGGCAUGGUGACCGAAUCCUGUGGGGAAAUAAUCACUUUUUUAGAAUAAACUUACCUAAGAGGAAGCGUCGAGAUUGGUUGAAAGACUUUGAGAAAGAAACAGGUCCACCGGAGCAUGACCUGGAUGCAGCCAGUGAGGCUUCCUCUGAACCAGACUAUAACUAUGAAUUUGCACAGAUGGAAGUUAUCAUGAAGACUCUGAAUAGUAAUGGUGGCUUCCCGAUAAUAAGCCUGUCUGCCUGGUGGUCAUCCCCUUGGUGGUCUUAUUUGAAGAUCCUCUUCCCUCUCAUGUGGUUUCAGACGAAGCUCCUCCACAAACACUGGGAUAAAGACCCAGUUCAAAAUGUGGUUCAGGUCCUGGAGAAACAAUACCUAGAAGAAAAGAGAAGUGCCCUAGAGGAGCAGCGGCUCAUGUAUGAGCGGGAACUGGAGCAACUCCGUCAGCAGCUCUCCCCCGAGAGGCAGCCGCAGAGCAGCGGCCCCGACCGCCUGGCCUACAGCAGCCAGACAGCGCAGCAGAAGGUGACCCAGUGGGCAGAGGAGAGAGAUGAACUCUUCCGACAAAGCCUGGCAAAACUGCGAGAGCAGCUGGUUAAAGCUAACACUUUGGUGAGGGAAGCAAACUUCCUGGCUGAGGAAAUGAGCAAGCUCACCGAUUACCAGGUGACUCUUCAGAUCCCUGCUGCAAACCUCAGUGCUAACAGGAAGAGAGGUGCAAUAGUGAGUGAGCCAGCUAUCCAAGUGAGGAGGAAAGGAAAGAGCACCCAAGUGUGGACCAUUGAGAAGCUGGAAAAUAAAUUAAUUGAUAUGAGAGAUCUUUACCAAGAAUGGAAGGAAAAAGUUCCCGAGGCAAAGAGACUCUAUGGGAAACGAGGUGACCCUUUCUAUGAAGCCCAAGAGAAUCACAACCUCAUCGGGGUGGCGAACGUGUUCUUGGAAUGUCUCUUCUGUGAUGUGAAACUUCAGUAUGCAGUCCCCAUCAUCAGCCAGCAGGGGGAGGUUGCAGGGCGUCUCCACGUGGAAGUCAUGCGUGUUACCGGAGCUGUUCCAGAGCGUGUGGUGGAGGAUGACUCUUCGGAGAAUUCCAGUGAAAGUGGGAGUCUUGAAGUCGUAGACAGCAGCGGGGAGAUCAUUCACCGAGUCAAAAAACUGACAUGUCGGGUAAAAAUUAAAGAAGCAACAGGGCUGCCCUUAAACCUCUCAAAUUUCGUCUUCUGUCAAUACACAUUCUGGGACCAGUGUGAGUCUACAGUGGCUGCCCCGGUGGUGGACCCCGAGGUGCCUUCACCACAGUCCAAAGACGCCCAGUACACAGUGACCUUCUCCCACUGUAAGGACUAUGUGGUGAAUGUAACAGAAGAAUUCCUGGAGUUCAUUUCAGAUGGAGCAUUGGCCAUUGAAGUGUGGGGCCACCGGUGCGCUGGAAAUGGCAGCUCCAUCUGGGAGGUCGAUUCUCUUCAUGCUAAGACAAGAACACUGCAUGACAGGUGGAAUGAAGUAACUCGAAGAAUAGAAAUGUGGAUCUCCAUAUUAGAAUUGAAUGAGUUAGGAGAGUAUGCUGCAGUAGAACUUCAUCAGGCAAAAGAUGUCAACACAGGAGGCAUCUUUCAACUCAGACAGGGUCAUUCCCGUAGAGUACAAGUCACGGUAUCACCUGUGCAGCAUUCAGGGACGCUGCCGCUUAUGGUUGAAGCCAUCCUGUCAGUAGCCAUCGGUUGUGUAACUGCUAGGUCCACCAAACUCCAGAGAGGGCUGGACAGUUACCAGAGAGAUGAUGAGGAUGGUGAUGAUAUGGAUAGUUAUCAGGAAGAAGACUUAAACUGCGUAAGAGAAAGGUGGUCAGAUGCACUCAUUAAACGGCGGGAAUACUUGGAUGAACAGAUAAAAAAAGUCAGCAAUAAAACAGAGAAAACAGAGGACGAUGUCGAGCGGGAAGCCCAGCUUGUGGAGCAGUGGGUAGGGCUAACCGAGGAAAGGAAUGCUGUGCUGGUGCCUGCCCCAGGCAGUGGGAUUCCGGGAGCACCUGCCGACUGGAUUCCACCUCCUGGAAUGGAAACCCACAUACCAGUUCUCUUCCUUGACUUGAAUGCGGAUGACCUCAGUGCCAAUGAGCAGCUUGUCGGCCCCCAUGCAUCCGGAGUGAACUCCAUCCUGCCCAAGGAGCAUGGCAGCCAGUUUUUCUACCUGCCCAUCAUAAAACACAGUGAUGAUGAGGUUUCAGUCACAGCCUCUUGGGAUUCCUCGGUGCAUGAUUCUGUUCACUUGAAUAGGGUCACACCACAGAAUGAAAGGAUUUACCUAAUUGUGAAAACCACAGUCCAGCUCAGCCACCCGGCUGCUAUGGAGCUUGUAUUACGAAAACGGAUUGCCGCCAAUAUUUACAACAAGCAGAGUUUCACGCAGAGUUUGAAGAGGAGAAUAUCCCUGAAAAAUAUAGUUUAUUCCUGUGGUGUAACUUAUGAAAUAGUAUCCAAUAUACCAAAGGCAACUGAGGAGAUAGAGGACCGGGAAACGCUGGCUCUCCUGGCAGCAAGGAGUGAAAACGAAGGCACGUCAGACGGGGAGACGUACAUUGAGAAGUACACUCGGGGUGUGCUGCAGGUGGAAAACAUUCUGAGUCUUGAACGGCUCCGGCAGGCCGUCACGGUCAAAGAAGCCCUUUCCACCAAAGCCCGGCACAUUCGGAGGAGCCUCAGUACACCAAAUGUUCAUAAUGUCUCUUCCAGCCGACCAGACCUUUCUGGCUUUGAUGAAGAUGAUAAGGGUUGGCCAGAGAACCAGUUGGACAUGUCUGACUACAGCUCCAGUUACCAAGAUGUAGCAUGUUAUGGAACUUUACCCAGGGAUUCUCCUCGAAGGAAUAAAGAAGGCUGUACAUCAGAGACUCCUCAUGCCUUAACCGUCAGCCCUUUUAAAGCAUUCUCUCCUCAGCCGCCAAAGUUUUUCAAGCCCCUGAUGCCUGUAAAAGAGGAGCAUAAGAAAAGGAUAGCCCUUGAAGCAAGGCCUCUUCUAAGCCAGGAGAGCAUGCCUCCACCUCAGGCACAUAACCCUGGCUGCAUUGUGCCCUCAGGAAGCAAUGGCAGCAGCAUGCCAGUAGAACACAAUAGCAAACGUGAGAAGAAGAUUAUUCUGAAGUUAAUCUACCUAGAGGAAUUGCACUUACUUGGAGACUCUGAGGAGGAGGAAAAUGAGCUGGAAGCCAUUAACAGGAAGCUGAUAAGUUCACAGACUUAUGUGCCUGUGGAGUUUGCUGACUUCAGUGUUUACAAUGCCAGCUUGGAGAACAGGGAAUGGUUUUCCUCAAAAGUAGAUCUGUCAAACUCACGGGUCUUGGAGAAAGAAGUGUCCCGUAGCCCUACCACCAGCAGUAUUACCAGUGGCUACUUUUCCCACAGUGCCUCCAAUGCCACCCUGUCUGAUAUGGUGGUCCCUUCUAGUGACAGCUCAGAUCAGCUGGCCCUUCAGACAAAGGAGGCAGACUCCACCGAGCACUCAACACCAUCACUUGUGCAUGAUUUCAGGCCGUCCUCGAACAAGGAGUUAACAGAAGUAGAAAAAGUCUUGGUAAAGGACAAGAUAAUUACGGUGCCACUCAAGGAAAACAGUGCCUUAGCCAAAGGGAGCCCAUCCUCCCAAAGCAUCCCUGAGAAAAACUCCAAAUCACUGUGCAGGACUGGCUCAUGUGCAGAACUAGAUCUCUGCCCCAGCAAAAGCAGCCAGCCAGCCAGGGGAUUCUGCCCCAGGGAGGUGACGGUAGAACACACCACCAACGUCCUUGAGGACCAUUCUUUCACAGAGUUUAUGGGAGUGUCAGAGGGAAAAGAUUUUGAUGGUUUGACAUAUUCUUCUGCUGGAGAGCUUUCGAGUAGGAAGAACCUACCAAAUAAAACAGGCAGCAAGACUGUCUCAGAUGGGCUCCACCACCCCAGCCAGCUGCAUUCCAAGUUAGAGAAUGACCAGGGAGACACGACCUCGAGGUAGGAGCGGCAAGCACCCCCUCCUCAGGCCACAGCUUGGCAUCUUUGUUCACCUGGUCAUCUUGGGCAAGCACCAGCUCCAUCUUUAAAACAUGCUGCCAUCCAGCUGGACCUCAGACCAGAAGCUGGAGAAGCCACGCCGGGCACUUCCUGGGCCACCUCCUUUCCCCUCCCCAGUGGGAGAAGCAGCACUUUGUCACUUGGGUGAAUCAACAGCCUCUGCUUUUUCCAGAAAGCAAGAGAACUGAAAAUCCUGGAUUAGCUAAGUGACAGUAUUUUUGUUUGCACUUACUACACACCUCCACUGUAUAGAAACCUCUACAGACUCCAACAGACUAUUCUUGUACAAUUUUAAUCAGUUCUUACUGUAGAAUCUGGAGUCAGUGCUCUAAUCUGUUUUUUAUAAAUAAUAUAUAUUAUGUAUAUGAAAUGUCUAUCUAUAGUAUGUCUGGAGACAGACAAGGCUACACACUAAAAUGCAGAUAAAGGUGAUUUGUAGAAAAUUAUAAGGUACUGGACUUUGUUACAAAGCAACUUGGGCGAUCUCUUAUACAUGAGCAGAUGAAAAAUGUUUUAUUGCCUAAGAAUGAGCUUGCAAAUCCCUCUUUGCAGAAAAGGUUAUAGAAUGCUGUUGUUUAUAACCAAAGAACUUACAUAAGACGACAUUUUUGCUGUCCACUCUUUUGUGUGAACAUGUAUGUUUGACUGCGAGUUUGGUGCCAUAAUUCCCUUGGCUACCAAGCCACGUGCUGCCGUUCUCUGUCCUCUGUUUCAUAAGCACACUGAGAAAUCUCACAGCUAUAUUCUUUGGUCUUCCACCUGCCCCACCACCUGCUGACUUGACAUUGUAUUAUAACCAUUGACAGUGACUGGGGCCCUGACUCCACAGAUGCCUGGACCAUGGCUCAGCCCAGCCGGGCAGGUGGAAUGAAGAGAGCAGUAUUACUGUAAGAAAACACAAGGACAGCCAGGAGUCGUGGUGGGGUGGGUGGGGUGGGGGGUGUUGAUUUUCGUGUGUUUUUGUGUGUGUGGUUUUGUUUUGGAUUGGUAGGUUUCACUGUGGUGUGAUUUUGCUGUUGUUAUUUUGCUUGAUUUUGGAAAGUGCUGAGGAGAUGGACUGAGCUCUGAUGUUCAGUGGUUCAUGCUUUACCAUGUUUGCAGGAGAUGAUCGAAUACAGGUGACCCGGCUGUCGUGUCUUCAUUUAUAAAAUCCUCCUAUGAAUGGGGACAUUGAAGGAUUAUGUGUAUGGAAAUUUUUACAAAAGUCCUUUCUGUACCUAUUUGUAGAUGCCUGUAUAAUCAGUCUGGAUGUACAGCUAUAAAUGUGUUCUGAGCGCAAGACAGAGAGAAUGCGUACAGCCUGCUGUACCUUUUUUCUUUAAGUUCUUCGAGCUGGUAAAUGAGUAAGACAUUGGAAACCUUAAUGAAAAGCUGCUGUUCAUGAUUUGUGUGUAUAGUGAGCUGACUGUAGUAUUUUACUAUUGUCUGUUUAAAAAAAAAAAAAAGAAAAACUGUAAUUUAUAUCCCCUUUCAA